AGUAUCCUGGACCUGGAAGAGAAUUGUGCGUUAAAGACAUAGCGCACCAUUCUAGAAUUCCCCAGCAACUUGCUGCCCUCCCAGGGCUGUUGGCGUGGUGAUUGUGGAAGUCAAAGAAAUCCAGCGGCUGGCAUUCAGGCAAAGUCUCCUGAAAGAGCAGGUUUGAACUAAGGAUUUCGUUAAUGGCUUACGACUCUGUUGGAAACGACAGGGGUUCUGGAGAGGCAGCUUGGCUUAUGCAUCAGCAGAUGCAGUCGAAUCCUAAAUCAGCCUGGCCUUCAACUUACAACUCGGAAAACAACAACUGGAAUAGCGCAAUGGACUCUACACCUUAUUCUGGAUAUCCACCGAACUAUUGGUAUCCCCAGUCUCAUUCAACGGGGCCUUACGGAAACGCCUAUCCUCCUGGCACUGAUGUCAACGGACAACCGCCGUAUAACGGCCAGCCAAUGUCAGCCUAUCCCAAUGGAGUCUAUAAUCCAGGACAGUACUCGACGGGUAUUCUACACCCUUCCAACCCGUUCUACUGCGGCGAUCAGAUGCCUCCCCGACAACCCCAAUAUCACAAUCAGGGCUGCCCAAACCGAAGCACAGGGGCAUCGAAUCAGCCCCCUUACCCUGUCCCACACUGUCAAGCGGCACCCGGAUACCCCCCUGCGUCUUACCCGCAUUAUGGGGAAGGGGGUCCUACAAUGCCCCAGAACCCUCCGUACCCCGCUCAGCAGUCUAUGCACCCGCGGCCCCAGGCGGAGGCCUGGUCUCAUCCCGGAGGAUAUGGGCCUUCCCCUCAACAGCAGUGGCAGCCCGGCUCCCAGACGCCUCACGGUCACUAUGGCAGCCACAUAAGACCGCCCCAUCCCCCGCCCUGGCAGGGUCCAGCCCCGCCCCCUUACGAACACAAGGAUCAGUCAUACCAUGGACAGCACCCCCAGAACCCGCAAGCUGGCCCCAAACCUCGGCCCGGCGCACCUAACCCACCGCAGGGCAAAGCCGACUUCAGCUCCCCUCCUCAGAUCUACACCAAAUGCACUGCCGGAGGAGGCGGCAAAGGAGCAGAACCUCGACCGGCCCAAGGAGAACCUCCUCCGGCUUCCACGCCGGGAGGGCCGGCUCCGGGCCCCCCGCUUAGCGACAACCCCGCCCUGGCCCGCGUCCAGCAGGUCUUAGCCCGGGUGGACCUCCUCCAGGAGGACGUGGACGAGUUUGUGGGUAAAAAAACGGACAAGAGCUACAGGUGCCUGGAGGAACUGCUCACCAAAGAGCUUCUGGAGCUGGACUCCGUGGAGACCAACGGCCAAGAGGGGGUCAGACAGGCCCGGAAAGAGGCCGUCCAGAGGAUUCAGGCCAUCCUCGACCGUCUGGAGAAGAAAGCCUUCUAAUUUUGGGGACGAAAGGUGGAUA